AAGACAAUAAAGAGGAACCUUUUCGAAUACUUAUAGAUUCGUAUUUAAGAUAUCUCAAACAUAUUAUUCAAAGCGAACACGGAAGCAAAAAAGAAAAGGCACAACUACUUGUAGAUAAAUAUAAAGAGGGUACACGACCUGAUUACCAUCUGGCAAAAAGUUGGAGGCAAUUGCAAAAAUUUAACAAUAUGCGCGAAACUCCGAAUACCGAGAUUAAUAUCCAAAGUAUUUGGUAUGGCAAUGAAAUUCAGGGUGAUGCAACAAUUUCGAACCAGGGAAAUGCCAAUAACGUUCAAAAUUCUAUGGGGAAACGAAACUCUGAUUCUUAUGAUGACGGUUCAACUGAGACAGACAUUUCCUGUUCAGAAAACAAGAAAGUGUAUGACGAUGAAUUUCUUGAAAAUGUUCAACUUCUCUUUAGUGAAUCUAAUGAAGAAUCAAUUAUCGAAAAAAUUGAUGAGAGUUCUCUAUUGAACGAAAUUCGAUUGCCAUCAGUAAACGUUAACAAUAAAAUAUCAGAGGAGUUCCUUGAUACAAAUAUUAUCGAAGCAUUUAACAAAUAUCAAAAAAAGAUACCAAAAACUCGCAAAGCUUUGACCCCUGCGUAUUGGGGGAUAUUGGAUCUGACGAAGGAGAGUCUCAAAAACUCAGGUAUAAAGGAUAUGGAUAUACAAAAAUUAUCUCAGGAUUUUUCGAACAAAAUUGAAUGGAAAGAUAUUACAGCUCCAAAAGAAGUUCAAGAAUAUUUCGACGGAAAUUGUGUUGACAUUUAUAAUAUCGAUGUCAUCAAAAAAUUAGACAGGAACGUGCAAUUUAUGGUAGAUAAAUUGCCCAAGCUACGAAAGACAUGCACCGAAGAAGAGUUAAAAAUGUCAACAACAUUUCCAUUGUUUUCAGGAAUUUUCAAUUCGCCGAAUAUAAAUAAUUCUUGGGGUGAGAUUCAAGCAAUCUCGACAAAUAAAGCACGGAAUGAAGAACAAAAUCCCUUCACAAAGACUAGAAUUGGACACAAGGUUGACAUGAAAGGAACCUUAAUCAAAACACCGAAUAAAUUUGAGAUAAUCUAUGGCGAAGUUUCCGGUGGUUUGACUUCUUUCGGCUUGCCUGCUUCCUGUAGGAAAAAACAAUACGUGGACAAAGUAAAACUUAUGGUGAUGUUAAGGGACAGUCUGAAUCAAUUCUUUAAAAACUAUUUGCACGUAACAGACGAACAACGUAAAAAGUUGAUAGUCUACGGUUGGUUGCAAGUUGGAGUUGAACUAAGCUUUUACGCUAUGGAUUGGAUUGGAUGCGGAAUAUACAGAUUUGGUAAAAUAGAUAAGUGCGAAUUAUCGGUUGAUGAAGAUGAUUUAAGCAUCCUUGAGGAUGCAUAUUGCAUUCUUAGGUUGCUAGAGUCGAAAUCGCUUGAAUCAGGAAAAAUCAUAAAAGAAAUCUUACAAAAUAAUACAAAAAACAAAAGAAGACGUAUGAUGUCAGAAAGUGAUCCUCAUUUAAAUAAGAACCGAACUCCUAUUAAAUAG